AAUUUGUAACAUAUUGAUAAAGUAUUCGGCAGUGCCAAACAAGCAGUCGAUAUGUGCGCGUGUCGCCAAAAAAAGUCAUCCUUCUUCAUAGAAGAUAUCCUUAAAGAUACGACGAAGAAGCCUUAUAAAAACCUAAGCAAUGAGCCAUCUAAACCAUUGGUUUGUAACAAACCAGUUGAAGCUAUUGAUGUUGAAAAAGAUGAAGUAGAUGACAAAGUGACUAAGAUAGAAUAUUCACGCGAGGUACACGAUGAAUUGGAUUGGAGUAAUGCCAAACUGGAACAAAGAAGGAACACGUAUCCAUUGUAUCCUACUCCGAUGAAAGCUAACAUCCCGUGGCCUCAAUAUAGAGUAAAGGACCCAAUAUCGUACCCUGUGGCACCCCGGCAUUCUUUUAGUUACUACAGCGACCCAUUACUCAAUACGGAUCAAAUUUUGCGAAGCCAGUUAGCUGCGAAUAGAUUUGUGACGCAUCCAUUCACGAUACGACAACCAUAUGCUUUCGAGAGAGUGCCAUCAUCAUGUUGCAGCCCGUGGUGGGGGGUAGGUGGACGUCGGAAAGGGGGGCAGGUGCGGUUCAGUGCGGCUCAGACAGGCGCAUUGGAAAGACGCUUCGGAGCCAGCAAGUAUCUAAGUCCUGAUGAGAGAAGAGCGCUGGCAGCCUCGCUUAGGCUUAGUGAUCGACAGGUGAAAACUUGGUUUCAAAACAGGCGUGCCAAAUGGCGACGCACAACUCCAGAUUCAGCUGACGCGGGCAGCCCUGACACCGCGGACGAAGUUUCGGACGAUGACGUCAUCUGACGUUCACCUCGCGACGUCAUGUGACGUCAAUGAAAUGACCGGCCAUUAACAGCACAGCGCUGAGGUCUUGGUCUGGAUCGAAUUAAAAUAGACGACUUGGCGAUUAAAUUACUUACAGCAUUA